CCUCCCCUGUACAUCAUGGACAUUGGCCCACUGCGCUCAAUGCUCCGUCUCCCCGGGCCCCGUCCCCUCCGUCCCUCCUACGUCAUUGCCUCCCUUGAGGAUCGUAUUCUACCUCUGCUAUCAUCGGGAUUUGCUUACCCGCCUCCCCCGUUCCGCUUAGCUCGCGGCUAUAGCUCCCCUACUAUCCACCAGAACCAGAACAGUCCCCAUCCUGUAUCCGUACCAAAGUACGGAUACUCGUACUCCUCGUCUGCCCGGGUUUCUCAAUUCACCGUCUCUUUCGUUGCAGAAAAAAGAAAAGAAAAAGAAAGACACGACCGCAGCUCGCUAACCGUUGAACCAUGGCGUUCGAGAUGGCCAGUCACCCCGGAAGACCCUGUUGUCGAGCCGCUAAUCGACCGUCUUUUUUUUGCCCUGGGCGAAGGGCAGAACAGAGCGAGGUCGCUACUGUCUGUUGAACUUGGCCUAAGAAACGCCCAGCCGCCCUAUUCCGGUUGCCAAUGCUGCGUCCUGCGCCUUGCACCCAUUGACCUGUGCGGAAUAGUAGCCCCAUCGACUAGUGCCAGCACCACAACUCCACACACACAGAGAGAGAGAUACAGAGAGGAAGACAGAAAGACAAGACACAGACAUACCUAUUCGCACACCCAAACCCUGGCGCGUUCUUGGCAGCAUUUUGCGACUAUCGGUGGGAGAGAACUCGACAACGGAUAGUCGAAGACUGCUGCGCUGCUGCCCGCAUCUGAGCAGUGGGUCGUGUAUCGUUGAACUUUCAACUACACAUCUCCCUUUUACAACACGCCC